GGUGUACGUAUUAUUAAAUGUAUCCUUGAGCAGUGAUUCACUAGUACUCAAAACACGUAUCAUCAAGCGAAUAAUAAGUUUAACACAUAUGGCCUCUUCGUAUAAAUUGACCUAUUUUCCCACCCAAGGUCGGGCAGAAUCAAUUCGUUUUCUCUUUAGUUAUGCAGGAGUUGAAUUCGAAGAUGUACGAAUUUUGCAUGAAGACUGGCCUGCAUUUAAAGACCAAACGCCCUUUGGUUUUCUUCCUAUGUUAGAACAUGAAGGCAAAAAAAGCCAUCAAAGUGUGGCAAUUAUGAGAUACGUGGCUAAACAGGUGAAACUUGCAGGAAACGAUGACUGGGAAAAUUUAGAGAUUGAUGCAAUUGUGGACUCAAUCAGAGACUGUGCUUCAAAAUUCCAUCCACUUCGUUUUGAGACUCAUGACGAAAAAAAGAAAGUUUUGAAAGAACAACUUUUUAAAGAAACACUUCCAUAUUUUCUGACCCGUUUUGAAGUUGCAGCUAAAAAAAAUAACGGUUAUCUAGCCGUAGGAAGACUGACUUGGGCAGAUUUAUACUUUGUGGCAGGACUACCAAGUUUAAAACAUUUUACCGAAAUUGAUAUAAUAAAGGAAUACAAAACAUUGGCAGAACUGAGGACCAAAGUUUUGGAGAGUCCUGGAAUCAAAAAGUGGCUAGAGAAUCAGCCUAGGAUUCAACUCACUUGGGCCAAUUUUUACUGGGCGACAAUCGCCCCAGUUUUUGAUGAGGUCACAGGGAUUGACACUCUUAUUGCUAAUUAUCCGGAGUUACAAGCUGCAAAAUAUAGAGUUAAUCCUUUCACAGUGCUUAAAAAAUGGAUUGAACUGGAUAUAAAAACUCUGCAUCUCUGUGAUCAGUUAGUUGUGUUUGAACAAGUAGAUGCGAAUAUCUGUGAAAAAAUGGCACCGGCUUACAAAUUAAUUUAUUUCAACUACACGGGCCUUGCUGAAAUCUCCCGUUUCCUCAUGAAAUAUGGCGGAAUUGAUUUUGAAGACUGCCGGUUCAAAACAGAAGAAUGGCCCCAAUUGAAACCAAAAUUUUCAUUUGGCGAAGUGCCCGUUUUGGAGCACAAAGGCAAAGUUGUGGGCCAGAGCAUCGCAAUCGCCCGGUAUUUGGCCAAACAAGUCAAGUUGGUGGGAAAUGACGAUUGGGAAAAUCUCGAAAUUGACGCUAUCGUCGACACCAUCAACGAUCUGCGCCUAAAAUUUUGGCCUUGGUGGUACGAGGAAGACGAAGCAAAAAAGAAUGUGAUUGUUGAGAAUAUCAAGAAAGAUAAUUUGCCCUAUUAUUUACCCCGUUUGGAAGAAAUCGUCAAGAAGAAUAAAGGCUACUUGGCACUUGGACGGCUUACUUGGGCUGAUUUUUACUGGGCGACAAUCGCCGAAAUUUUCGAUGAGAUCACAGGGAUUGACACUCUUGCUAAUUAUCCGGAACUAAAGGCCCUAAGAGAAAGAGUUAAUUCUUUGCCAGCCAUCAAGAAAUGGAUUGAAGUGCGACCCAAGGAUGAUUCAUAAUAACUCUGCAUUAUUUAUAUGUAUAAUUCUGUUUUACGGACAAUUACAGAUAAAUAAAAAUUAAUAUUCCGGUACA